AAGGUGGAAGGUGUUAGAGUGCAAUUUAUGAAAUUUAAGGACCUAUGCCUGUGAUUGUGAGAUGACUUCAGAAUGUGUGUUUCAUUCUGGAUAUAUGAGAAAUCAGAGUCCUGGCACUUUGAGCUGUGCUUCUAGAAAAAAUGCUCUUAACCCUGCCAUUGGUCACCAGAGAGACCUGGAUUUCCCGGAUUGUGUCGUCUGCAUAGGGUCCUGGAAGAAUGCUUUCGUUACAGUUCCAUUCCUCAUCAACAGUAGAAAGCCGAAAAAGCCCUGGCCAGCUAAUUUCACCCUACUGUCAUGGUCACACAGCUCCUUGUGCAUCUUGCAUUGCAAAAUCCCAGUUACAGCAAGAGACAGAGUGACAGCCAAUAAGGCCAACCAGAAGCGUAAGCCUAAUGUGAUGGAGUCAGCAAACACAGUCUGGGCUGAGGCAGUCAUGAGGAGUGAAGGGGACGGAAAGGGGAUUGGCUUGACACCUGUCCCAGCAGCGCUUAAAGUAGUGGGAAAGGCCAUUGACGCCACAACCUUUCUCUUCACAAACCCAGAGGAGGAAGCCAUUGCCCUGUCAUUGAUGACACCUGUCCCUGAGACUCCAUCAGGGACCAAAAUAGCAGGAAAUACAGAACCAGUCUGCAUGUGUGAGAAAAAAACACAAAUGUAUUCCACGUUCCAGGACUAAGAGAAAAUUCCAAAGCUAUAAAAUGCAAAUGGUAUCAGACAAAGCCUUCAGAGGACUUCCUCUCUUAACCUUAAGCUGUGGGUUAGUAGAGGAAUGAGAAAAUACAGGAAGGUAAGCGAAACAUAAAAGGAAGAUUUGUAAGAUGAAAGGACUUGUAAAGUUAAAAGGAAAGUAAAGAAGUAGGUAUAAGAGGAAACAGAAAAGGAAAAGAAGAGGUAUGAUAACCAAACCAUAUAACAGUUAUCUAUUUCUCAUAUUUUGGAUACUGUAUAUUCAGAAGAAGAGACUUUUGAUGUGUUAAAAUCAUUUAAGUCGUUAAAUAUGGACGUAAAUGUAACUCAAAUGUGUUGUUCCAUGUUGGGUUGAACUAAGAGAUAAAGAAUGUUUUGUGUUAAUUGAGAUGAAAGUGUUGGGGCAGUUUUCAAAAUGUCUGCCACUGGCUGUUAACAGAAGAAGGACACUAAUCUUCAACUAACACAUCCAGAAAUAGAAAUUGGGGAAUUUUCAGAAUGAAGUAGACUAUGUAUACAACAUACACAGUAAUGCUGGAUUUGUGUUAUGUUUUUUGGGCUGAAACCCAGGUCUUAACAAACUUCGAUGCAUCUAUCAAUCAAGAAAUAUAGAUUACAACUGAAACAUCCAGUGCUACCGUUCCAAGGAAGACACCUCUAGCAAACUAACAGCUGUCAUGAAAACUGGGAUUUGUAAUUUGAGAUUGUUGACUGGGCAGACAUUUUGAAGUGAAUGCAGGGAUAAUAGUUUUUUUUUUCUACUUUGCAAUCAAAUACAAUUUCAGUUUAAGGUGGUGGUGCUUCUUUCUCCCUAAAGGAUUUUGCGAGUAUUGUAGCCUUUUUUUAUUGUAUAGAUUGUGUUAUUUAAGGGGCUUACACGGAUAACAUUGCAUAAAACACAAAAUUUGCUUUUGCUUUUAAAAGCAUUCUUGCUGUUGUAUUUGAUUGUGACAUUUACAAACUCAUCAUACAAUAUGCACAAGGGAGAAAAAUAACUCAGAACAGCUUUAUUAAAUUCUGGCGGCCACAGAUGUUUCCAUCUUCUGAGCUACUGAAAUGGCCAUCACAUGUUCACAUGCACAGAUGUGCUUUUCAGUAUUAAGUGUGCUUAAUAUUGUUAUCAGAAUUGUUUUUAGGGAAUUUCUGCAUGUUUACCAGUUUAAAUGUUCAAAUGGUUCUGCAAGUUAAAAAGACUGCUGCACGACAGUAACCUUAGUAAAUCAAAAUCACCUGAAGCUACAGAAUUUUUUAAAAAAUAUCAAUGUUGCAUUUUGUGGAUAAAGCCGUAGAUUUACUGGCAACCUCUCUUGUUGCGUUGUCUUGCUACAUUAGUAUUUUUGGUGCUGUAUAUACAGUAUAUUUAUAUCUUUGAUCUAUCAGCAGCAGCAGAUUCUAAGCAAUAAAUACAAUUAUCAAUAAAAUGAUUUUCAUGA